GAGGCAUUGGCUGGCUCCUCUGUAAAAAUUGCUGGAAAAGACGUUUUGGCAACUUGGAAAGUCAUUGUUGCUGCAUUUGCUGCUCCCACACUUUACGCAGUAUAUGCAUUAAUCUAUCUAGUCCAUCUCACAAAGCGCUCUCCUUUAUUAUCUUUAAAAUCUCGGUUACGCAAAGCCUCGCUUGUCUGGGCUAUUCAACCCAUUUUGCAUUAUUUGCUCUUAAGACUAGGUGAUUCUGGUCUUGAUAUCUACAAAUCAAUCAAACCAUUAUUUUUGGCUAUUAGAAACCCAGAAGCAGGCGGUAUCAUUCAAGCCAUGCGAAAGGAUUUAUCGCAAGACAUUACAAGGUUUAUUACUGAGCAUGCACCAGAGCUUGAUUUGGAUUACAGAAGUGGCAGUAGUGGUGAACAUAGUCCUCGUACCAGUCAUCUUAAAUUAUUGGAAAGUGAUGAGGAAGUCAAUCCAUUGAGUGGUAAGAUUUUUAAAGAUUAA